UAGUGCCUUAGUAAAGCAGCUGCUUCCUGGAAUCAGGAGUCCUAUUCCCUGAAUCCAAACAGAUACUGGGCAUCAAACUCAGGAAAGAGAGAAGUGUUGUGGAUCAGUGGGAAAAGCCCCACGGGAUGCUCUGCAGCGUGGCUCUGUGCCGCGGGUGGGGUGACUGCUCUGUGUGGGAGGGCACAGGGUUCCUCACCUCCACGUGUCCCCUCUCACACUCAGGAAUUGGGCCCCAUCUUUUACUACACCUGUUGCAAUCGCACUGCGCAGCAGCACAGAUAACAGAGGGUCUGAAGUCCAGAGAGGAGCAGAUCCUGGGGAGCAGAUUCCAGCCUGGGGCUUGUGGCAUGGCUUCCCCUGGCUGCUGCCUCUCCCGACUCCCUUCUGCCCUCUUCACAUCCCUUCUGCCUGUGAUGUCGGGGCUCACACUCCUCCUGGCCCUGCUGCUGCUGGCCGGGUCCAUCCCCUCCAGCAGGGCUGCUGCUGUCAACAGUUGUGGCAGCAUGGCUGAGCAGCACUGUGACUUCAUGUGCCACUGCGGUGACUGCUCCGAUGAGAACCAGUGCGGGUACCUGGGGAUCUCGGCCGUGCUUGGCUCCCCCUUCACCUGUGAUUUCGAGGAUGACGACUGUGGCUGGCGGGAUGUGAGCACCUCCACCUACAGAUGGGUGCGGGGCCGGGCCAGCCUGGACUCAUGGGGCACAGGGCUGCACUCAGACCACACCAUGGGCACAGACCGGGGUUGGUUCAUGGUGACAAUGUCCCCGCCGGCAAAGGCCACAGCCACUGCCUGGCUCCAGUCACCAGUCAUGCAGGAGGCGACUGCCACGUGCGAGAUCUGGGCUUCGUACCACCUCUCAGGAAGUGGGCUCAACCAGACUGCAUGCCCGGUGUUGCGCCUGGCUGUGGCAUUUGGGAACACGGUGGUGGAGCUGUGGCGGAGCCCCGAGAACAGGGCCGAGGGCUGGCACCAGCUGGUGGCAUACCCUGGCCGGAUCAAGGGGCAGUUCCAGCUCACCUUCGCCCUGACACAGCCACCCACAUGUGGGGCAGUGCUGGCUCUCGAUGACAUUGUCUUCAGGAACUGCGGCUUGCUGGCGGCUGGGCAGCAGAGCUGUGGGGCAGAAGAGAGCAACUGCAGGAGAGGAUCCUGCCUGGCCCUGGACCGCUUUUGUGAUGGCACCGAUGACUGCGGGGAUGGCUCUGAUGAAGAUGCAGAGCAGUGCCAGCUCUUCACCCCCUGUCCCUUCGAGGAAGAUCUUUGCAGCUGGGAAGUGGAGGUUGGGCAGCCAGCAUGGGGGAGGAACACAAGCAUGGCCCUGGGGACCACCUCUGGUGUUCCCACCCGGGAUCACAGCAACAACAGUGCUACAGGCUAUUUCCUCCACACCAUCAGUGGGGGUGCCAGCAGUGUGGCCAGGCUGAGCAGCCCCACUUUCCAGGCCACCAACUCCUGCUCUCUUGUGCUGUACUGCCAUCUCCACGGCUCAGCCACCAGCAGCCUCAGCAUCUCCUAUGUGAUCAACUCCACUGAGCACCUGGUGAGAGAGAGAACAGGGGACACAGGAAACUGUUGGAUCCGUGAGCGAGUGGACUUCAAUUUGACAGAGAGCUUCAAGGUGCUGAUCACAGGGGAGGCGGGCAGCGGGGGCACUGUGGCUGUGGAUGACCUGAUCCUGUCUCCAGGCUGUGUGCCGCAGCAGGUGCCACACUCUAGUCCGGGGCUUUUGCCAUCAGAGCCUGCUCCCAUGGAACUGCCGGGCCGGGCCCGUGCCAGCCUCUGCACGGCCGAGGAAUUCUCCUGCGACAACGGGGGCUGCGUCAGUGCUGAGCUGGCCUGUGACUUCGCCAAGGCGUGUGCUGAUGGCUCCGAUGAGAACAACUGUGGAGCCACCACCUUCGAGGAAGGUGCUGGGGGUUGGCACGACACCAGCGUGGGCCGGCUGCGCUGGGCUGUGCAGAAGGCCACCGAGCCCACAUCCACUGCCCUUGUGGGAGCAGGAGCUUUCUUGGCCCUUCAGAGAGGAGAAGGACAAAUGGUGGCUCCCGCCAAGGUCCGCACACCUCUGCUGGGUCCCUCCAGCUUGGCCUGCGCCAUGGAGAUGAGCUACAUCCUGCACAGUGGCCCCCAAGGUUUCCUUGCUGUUGCUGUCAUGGAGCAUUCCACGGACAUGACGCACCUGGCCUGGCACACGCGGGGGCACGGCAGCACAGCCUGGGAGCACGUCCAUGUCCCACUGGGGGAGAGGACCCGGCCCUUCCAGGUCGAGCUGCUGGGGAUGGCGGAGCUGCAGGACCCAGCAGAAAUCGCCAUCGACAACGUGACGUUCGUGCAGUGCGACCCUGGCACGGAGCCCCUGGGGGCUGCAGAGCUGUCCUGCAACUUUGAGGCGGACCUGUGCGGCUGGUACCAGGACCGGGGCAGCGACUUCCAGUGGGUCCGCAGCACAGGGCAGGGGCAGGGCUCUGACCACACCACCGGAUCGGGAUACUUCCUGGCCGCGGACCCCUCAGCACCGUGGAGCCGUGGGCAGCGUGCGCAGCUCACCACCUACAGCCAGGAGCCAGCUGCUGCUCCGCGCUGCCUCACCUUCUGGUACCGCCUGGCUGGCCCGCAGAUCGGCACUCUGAGCCUCAAGCUGCAGCUGCAGGGAGCAGAGGAGACGGUGCUGUGGACCCAGCGGGGCAGCCAGGGCAGUGUGUGGCACCGCGGGCUGGCAACGCUCCCUGCCACGGGGCAGCAGCACUACCGGCUGUCCUUCGAGGCGCUGCGGGACGGCUUUGUUGGUGACGUGGCGCUGGACGACGUGGCGCUGACGGCGGGUGCCUGCGGGGCCGAGCUCUCCUGCUCCUUUGAGGCGGGCGCCUGCGGGCUGGCGGGCAGUGGGCAGUGGUGGUGGCAGAGCGGCGGCACCGGCAUCACCAUUGGCCCCGUGGCUGACCACACCACUGGCACUACCACAGGACAUUAUAUGGUGGUGAACACCAGCAAGCACUCACUGCCCAUGGGGCACGUGGCCACACUCAGCUCUGCGCUGUACCAGCGCUCUGCGCCUGCCCAGUGCCUGGCUUUCUGGUACCAGCUGAGUGCUGCAGCCCCAGGGACUCUGCGCGUCCUUGUGGAGGAGAAUGGUGAGCAGAGGAAGCUGUUCAGCAUCAGUGCGAUGGAGGGUGAUACCUGGCACCGUGGGCAUGUCACUGUUUGGGCAGACACAGAUUGGAAGGCGGUGUUUGAGGCGGUGGGAGCUGGGAGUGAGCACAGCUACAUGGCACUGGAUGACCUGCAUGUGUCAGAUGGAGCCUGCCCUGAGCCAGCGUCCUGUGACUUUGAGUGGGACACAUGUGGCUGGAGCAGCCCUUCAGAUGAGCGCCUGCACGGCUUCACCUGGGGCUGGAAGAGUGGGGUCCCCCUGGCCAAGUACCCCGGCCCUGAGCAGGACCACACCCUGGGCACGGAGGAUGGUCACUACGUGCACUUCGACACCCGUGUGCUGGGCGCAGGGGGCACCGCUGCCCGGCUGGAGAGCCAGCACCUCCCCGCCACCACUGCCGGCUGUCUGCACUUCUGGUACCACAUGGACAUCCCGGAGCACCUCUCUGGCGGGGAGCUGCAGGUGAAGCUGCAGAGUGUGGCAGGGCAGCGCACAGCAUGGAGCGUGGCAGGGCAGAGGAGCCAAGGCUGGCAAGGCAGCACGGUGCCUUUGGAGAGUUCCAGCGAGUUCCAGAUUGUCUUUGAGAUCACCUCGCGGAUGUGGCCAAUGGAGGGGACCGUGGCACUGGAUGAUAUCGAGUACAGUGCCACUGGAGGCUGUGACUCCAAUCCAGAGGCACCAGGGAAAGUGAAGUCUUCCAGUGGCUUUGUGGCAGAAGUGGUGCUUGGCCUGCUGCUGGCUGUCAUUGUGCUGGCACUGGCAGCAGCUGGUUGCCGGUACUGGCUGAAAAGGAGAGCGCAGGGGAGCAGGAUGGCCAUGGAGAGCAACACUCCUCAGGGCUUUGACAACAUCACUUUUCAAGAUGACAAGGUCAUUAUAGCACAAGUGCCAAAAGAGCGGGAUGAAGACUGAACUAAGCCAGCACCACUCUCCACCUCCUCGCGCCCACGAGGUGUGCCGAGGGCAGAGCAUCCCUCCCGCAGAACCUCGCACUCCAUCCAGCCCACAGCUGCCCCACAGCACGCUCACUGCCCCAUGUCUCACACCGCAGAGCAGCAGCAGGCAGCAGCCCUGGGGGCACAGCACGGCCGUUUCCACCACUACCUCCACACACGUGGGAACAGCACUGCUGUUUUUUGUAACAUGAAGUUUCCACACCAUAUGGAGAUGGCGUGAUGUGUCCAUGCAUUGACACCC